CCCGCCGGACUUUUCGCUCCUGCCGAGGAUGAGGCGGCCGACGCGGCGGCUGGCGCUGUCUCUGCUGGGGGUGCUAUGGCUCGCCGCCCUCCUCCUCUUCUUCUUCGGGGCGCGGAGGAAGUUGGAGGCGCCGGAGCCCGAGGGACACACGCCGGAGGAGCCGGAGGCGGACUGGGACGACCUGUGGGAUCAGUUUGAGGAGCGGCGGUACCUGAGCGCCCGCAGGUGGAAGGGCGGCGAGGACCCGUACCGGCUGCACGCCUUCAACCAGCGCGAGAGCGAGAGGAUCCCCAGCGACCGCGCUGUCCGCGACACCCGCCACCACAGGUGUACGACCUUGCACUACAGCCAGGACCUGCCGCCCACCAGCGUGGUCAUCACCUUCCACAACGAGGCCAGGUCCACCCUGCUGAGGACAAUCCGCAGCGUGCUGAACCGCACCCCGGUGCACCUCGUCCAUGAAAUCAUACUCGUGGAUGACUUCAGUGAUGACCCUGAUGACUGCCGCUUGCUGGGCCAGCUGCCCAAGGUGAAGUGCCUGCGGAACGGCCGGCGGGAAGGUCUGAUCCGAUCCCGAAUCCGAGGGGCAGACGUGGCCAAAGCAGGUGUCCUGACCUUCCUGGACAGUCACUGCGAGGUGAAUAAGGACUGGCUGCUCCCCCUGCUGCAGAGGAUCAAGGAGGAUCCCACCCGGGUGGUCAGUCCCGUUAUUGACAUCAUCAACCUGGACACUUUUGCCUACGUGGCAGCUUCCUCAGACCUCAGGGGAGGUUUUGACUGGAGUCUGCAUUUCAAAUGGGAGCAGCUGUCCCCGGAGCAGAAGGCCAAACGACUUGAUCCCACCGAGCCCAUCAAGACUCCCAUCAUUGCUGGGGGGCUGUUUGUGAUGGACAAGGCCUGGUUCAACCACCUGGGCAAGUAUGACAGUGCCAUGGACAUCUGGGGUGGAGAGAACUUCGAAAUCUCUUUCCGUGUGUGGAUGUGUGGGGGGAGCCUGGAAAUCAUCCCCUGCAGCCGUGUUGGGCACGUCUUCAGGAAGAAACAUCCCUACGUCUUUCCAGAGGGAAAUGCCAAUACAUACAUCAAGAACACCAAGCGCACGGCCGAGGUGUGGAUGGACGAGUUCAAGCAGUACUACUAUGCUGCCCGGCCUGCAGCUCAGGGGAGGCCUUUUGGGAACAUCCAGAGCAGAGUGGAGCUGAGGAAGAAGCUGAAAUGCCACAGCUUCAAGUGGUACCUGGAGAACGUUUAUCCUGAACUUCGGAUCCCCGAGGAAUCGCUCUAUCAGACCGGGAUCAUCAGGCAAAGGCAGAGCUGCCUGGAGUCACACAAGUCUGAAGAGCAGGAGUUCCCCAUCCUGAGCUUGAAUCCUUGUAACAGCAGCAAGGGCAUGGUGCCAAAGGCACAGGAGUGGACAUACACAUACAACCACCACGUGCGCCAGCAGCAGCUCUGUCUGUCUGUGUACACGCUCUUCCCUGGUUCCCAGGUGCUGCUGUCACCUUGUAAAGAAGGUGACAACAAGCAGCGCUGGGGCAAGGUGGGCUCGCACAUCGAGCACAUAGCCACACGCUUCUGCUUGGACACUGAGACCAUUGGGGACACCCACGAGAGCAUCAGGGAGCUGGUGAUCAACCCCUGUGAGAGCACAGCCAUGAGCCAGCGCUGGGACAUGCUCAUGUCGUGACCUGCUGCAGGACGGGCACCGGGACGUGGCCACGCGCGGCUUAGGAGGCACCGGAUGGGGGGCUCGGAUCCAAACCCUGCAGGAGAAGCAUCCAAAUAAAAAUGGGACACUGCACUCCAGGUGGAACAGCGGAUGGUGACCGCCGGGCGUGCAGCUGG